CCCGCACUCUGCGACCAGAGCCGCUUUGCGCUCGGCUGCGGCCGUGCGAGGCGCUUUUUGCCAGGAACUAGCCGGGUGCGUCCCCUGGUUCUCAGGAGCCAGGAAAGCUCGGAGCUAACCAUGGACCGCUUGGCUAUUGAACCGGCCCCCGAGCCGCAGAAGGACGGAGAGGAGACAAGCUGAGCUGAACUCCUGGGGAGGAGGAGUGUGCUGGGGCGGUGUGGGAAAGAAAGGAGGCGUGUCGGAAAGCUCAAGGCCAGUGGUGGAUUAUCCGGGCCGCUCUGUGUCUGGGGGCUGCGGAAUGCGCGUAGAGGACAAGGGCAUGCUCUGUGGAGGCGGCAGCGAUGCGGGCCUGGCCAACGCCGCGGCGCGGGGGCAAGUGGAGAAGGUGCGGCAGCUCCUGGAAGCCGGCGCAGAUCCCAACGGAGUCAACCGCUUCGGGAGGCGCCCGAUACAGGUCAUGAUGAUGGGCAGCGCCCAAGUGGCCGAGCUGCUGCUCCUCCACGGCGCCGAGCCCAACUGCGCGGACCCUGCCACCCUCACCCGACCGGUGCACGACGCCGCCCGGGAGGGCUUCUUGGAAACGCUGGUGGCGCUGCACCGGGCCGGGGCGCGGCUGGACGUGCGCGACGCCUGGGGCCGCCUGCCCGUGGACCUGGCUGAGGAGCGGGGCCACCGUGACGUCGCCCGGUACCUGCGCGCGGUCGCGGGGGACUGACGGCGGGUUCAAUUAGCCGCCCACUAUGACUCUUUUUUCUCCCCCAGUUCCCCAUCCCCACCUAGUUCAAUGAAGGCUGCAAACGUGGAGCGGCGGAAAGCUUGCAAGCCUUCCCGGGUGCUCAACUUCCCGGAGGAAGGAGGAGCCAACUGGGAAAUAACUCCCUGUACCUCUUUAAAUCUAGAUCCGGCCGUUGCCACUCACCGUGAAGACAUACGCAGAGAAAUGGGACAAAUGGAUUUCCAGAGACAUUUAGGAGUCUGUGCUCUAGAUGUCGUUUAUAUUUCAGGGUUUUCAGACGGAAAGUGCAUGUGAAGUCCUUGAACGAUCCCGGGCCUGUGAAUCUUCGUACAGAUGACACUGGGGGUGGAGAGGGAAGUGUUAGUGAUUGGCAUUUGGGUGAGAGGCAACAGGUAAAUUCGUCCCUAUGACCGCGGAGGAGCGGGUGAAUCUCCACUGUGGGCGUUAGGCCCAGGAGGCUAAAAGGAAGAAAACCUGAAGACUAAGGACCAGAGGACGAUGACGGGUCGAAGUGGGCUUCAGUAGGUGCCCAAGCUUUAGGCGUUGUGCAGUGCCCAGCAAGUAACGACAAAACGAUACUCUCUUCCAACUUCUAGAGCCCGGCUUCACCGGAGAGCAGAUGGGGAAGAGAGGGCGUUGGGAGUGACAGCAGAUAUGCCCCCGUAUCCUAAAAUCCCUGGAUUACGAUGACGCAGAGUAGCUCUUGAAUAGGUGCUGACUCUUAUUCCAUUUGAGGAGAGAUUCCCUGGGCAUUCCGGAUGAGGCUGGAGUCAGAGCACGGGAUGAAGCAGUGGACUGUAGUGAGAGCAACUUUAGCAGUUAACUAAGGAUUUGCUUCAUCUAUAUAUGCUAGAAUACAGAAAUGCCCCUGUGAAGUACCUCUUGAAAAGAUUUCGUGAUAUUUUGUACUUUUUAGCUGUUCUUCAGUAACAGUCUUGAUUAAUGGGGAGACUAAAAUAAAGUAACUCGUGGCCCUCAGUAAGGUGAGGAAGAACUACAGCUCUUAAAUGAAGCUAUGACACUGUGGCAAACUCGGUACCAACGCCUAGAUUGCAUUCAUCCUUAACCUAUUUAUUUCUUUGUUAAAUUUUUCUAAUUGUUUCCUUUAUAAAGUGUCUCGGGGGGGUCAAACUAUAAAAGUAUUCCAAAUGUCUUUUAGAUGAUUUAUCUAAGCAAAUUAUCCAGCAAAUUAUCUUGGGAUAUUUCCCAAAAGGUUGCUGAAGAAAGUAGAUUGAGUAUAAAACAGUUGAAGAUAUAUGAUGAUGCUUCGUGGGAUGUCUUAAUAUCUGCUGAACAAACUAAAGGUACAAUGCUUUGGGGUCUAAUUUCUAGUGUUGCUUCUUCAUUAUAGCAUUGGAACUACUGGUAACUCACUGCUUUAACAAAGAAUAAACAGUAGAGACUGAACUCCAGGAUAUGGGUAAUUUUGGUUUAAAAUCGUAUGUUCAUGGAUUUACCAGUAAUUCCUGAGAAAUGUUAAAAGUCCAAAGGGGUUUACUUCUUUCACCUUUUGUAAUAAUUGUUGAUAAGAAAUACCAACAAUUUAUAAAAGCUGCUCACAUAUAUCAUAGACCACUAAACAUAAGAUUUAUACAUGUAUUAUGCUUCUAAGUGUCCAGUCCAUGAUAUACAUAUAUUUAAAAAAGAGGGGACAGAAAAAAAAUAAGUUGAGAGUAGAGACUUACACGAAGGGGUACUUUUGAGCUACAUACACAGAUCUUUACUUCUUUAUCAAUUCCUUAUUCCCCAGAUAAAUAUAUUACUGAGUAAGGUUAGUCGAGAAUCAGAGCAUAUCUUAUUAGGGAAAAGAUAUAAAUGUUUAUUGAAACAUAAUUUGUACCAGGAAUGUUUUAAAAUACAUUUGUUCAUUUAACACUUAAAACAUAUUUGAGAGAUAGGUAUUGUUUCCCAGAUGAGAACAAUGAAGCAGAGAAAUAUCAACUAACUUGCCAAAGUCAUCAUUCCAUGGAUAUGCAAAGUAAGUUCCAGCUGUCUCCUAAGCUUAUGGUUUUGUUUUGUUUUUUUCCACUGUACCAUCCUGUCCUCCAAAAUCAUUAAUGGUACAUAUUAAGACAACAAUUUUUUUCCAAAAGCAGAAAUCCACAAUGAUCUCAUAAAUUCCUAGGGUGGCUUUUCUUUCUAUAACACCUAGUAAAUAUAAGCAGACUUUUUAUAUCUAUUUUAAAAUGUCAACAAUAUGGAGAAUAGCCCCCCAAAAAAACACCUAAAAACCCCAAAACUUUUGAAACGAAGAUAAUGGAACCCCCAUUUUUAAAUUAAGCCACAAGAAUGGAAAGUACAAAUGUAGUUAUCAGUUAAGCACUCAAUUAUUAUUGGCUACAAGAAUAAUAUUUCUAAGUUUAUAUUGUUUUACAAUUACUAAGAAACGUUUCUCAUAAAAGAAGUCAAUUGAGCAUUUCAAAUUUCCCACUUGACGAACAAAAUCCCUUAACCUGUCCUCUGUUUCUUAAAGUACAAGAUGUUUAAAUCUGCUAGUUGCAUGAGACUUAGUCAUGAAAAAUGAUAAUCUUUUGAAAUAUAUAUGAAAUGUAUUACUUCAUUUGUAAUUUAAAGAAAUUGUAGAAUAUUUCCUAAU